AUGCUCAAAAAGUUUGGCAUGGAGACCUCCUCUAGUAGCAAAACACCAGUGAGUACCACAACUAAAUUGGACAAAGACGAAUCGGGUAAAUGCAUUGAUAUUACAAUGUAUCGAGGUAUGAUAGGAUCUCUCCUUUAUCUUACCGCUAGUAGACCCGACAUUAUGUUUAGUGCGUGCUUAUGUGCUCGUUUUCAAGCUUGUCUUAAGGAAUCCCACUUGCAUGCCGUUAAACGUAUUUUGAAAUACUUGCAUGGAACUUUACACCUAGGAAUCUAUUACCCUAGAAAUGUGGACCCUAGGUUACUUGGCUACUCCGAUGCCGACUAUGCGGGUUGUCUUAUUGAUCGUAAAAGUACCUCCGGGACUUGCCAAUUUCUCGGUCAAAGUUUGAACUCUUGGAGUAGUAAGAAACAAGUAUCCGUAGCUUUGUCAACCGCGGAGGCCGAAUAUGUAGCGGCCGGUUGUUGUUGUGCUCCAAUCCUAUGGAUUAAGCAACAACUUCUUGAUUAUGGUAUUGCCCUUGAUCACAUUCCCUUCAAAUGUUAUGUAGUAAUCGAAUUCAUCGAUACUACUAAUCAAUUUGCGGAUAUUUUUACCAAGCCUCUAAAUGAGGAUCGUAUGCAUUUUAUCAUUCGAGAGCUUGGUAUGCUUGAUGGGAGUACUUUGAACUAA